AUGCGUGCUCUGCCGUUUCUUUUACUAACGUCUCUUUUUGGCCACGCAUUGGCUGAAGAUGGUCUCAAUGGCUGGCUCCGAUAUGCACCGUUACCCGCUUCUCUUGCCAGUCAUUUCCCCCAUGACUUUCCAUCCAGCAUCGUCGCGCUGAAUAGCUCAGUCAAUAGUCCGGUAUACACCGCUGCCCAAGAAUUACAGAAAGGCUUCCAGGGCAUCCUUCACAAACCCAUUGAUAUCGUGAACUCGACCAAGGACCAUUCGCAUUCUUCGUCUAUCGUCGUUGGAACGGCUGAUGCAUACACCGAGGCAUUCGGGACAGGCACCAACUGGGGUGACCUGAUUGAAGAUGGAUUCUGGCUGCACACAAGCAAAGAUUCAGUCCAAAUCAUCGGCCAGAAUGAGCGUGGCGCCUUGUAUGGCACAUUCGAAUACCUGUCAAUGCUCGCACAGGGAAACUUUUCAGAUGUUGCCUAUACCAGUAAUCCACAUGCGCAUAUCAGAUGGGUGAAUCAGUGGGACAAUCUCGACGGAAGUAUUGAGCGUGGCUAUGGAGGUGCAUCAAUAUUCUUCAAGAAUGACGUUGUCGUGGCUAACCUAACUCGGGCCACGGAAUAUGCGCGUCUGUUGGCAUCAAUCGGCUUGAAUGCCGUGGUUGUGAAUAAUGUCAAUGCCAAUUCAUCUCUCCUGACGCCGGAGAACAUCCAAGGUCUCGGCAGGAUUGCAGACGUGUUUAGGCCAUAUGGUGUUCAGCUUGGUAUCUCACUGAACUUUGCGACGCCGCAGCAAAUAGGAGGCCUAAAUACAUAUGAUCCUCUUGACCAAGGGGUUAUCAAGUUCUGGACAAAUAUCACAGAUCAGCUCUACAAGGCCGUGCCUGAUAUGGCCGGCUAUCUGGUCAAGGCAGACUCGGAAGGUCAAGCAGGCCCCCUCGUAUACAAUCGCACCCUUUCUCAGGGUGCUAACCUAUUCGCGAAUGCCUUGAAGCCCCAUGGAGGCAUUCUCAUGUAUCGUGCUUUUGUGUAUAACCAGCUGAACGAAUCUAACUGGAAAGCCGAUCGUGCAAAUGCCGCUGUGGAGUUCUUCAAGGAUCUCGAUGGAGAGUUUGAAGACAAUGUCAUCGUUCAAAUCAAAUACGGACCUAUAGAUUUCCAAGUCCGCGAGCCUGCAUCACCCUUAUUCGCUAAUCUAUUGAAUACAAACACGGCAAUUGAACUCCAGAUUGCGCAGGAGUAUCUGGGUCAGCAGUGCCAUUUGGUAUAUCUGCCUCCAUUAUGGAAGACGAUUCUAGAUUUUGAUCUUCGCGUCGAGUCCAAACAGUCUCGCGUAAGCGAUAUCGUCUCCGGGGAAAGAUUCAAUCGUUCACUUGGUGGAUUUGCGGGUGUUGUCAAUGUGGGCACAAACACUACAUGGCUGGGGAGUCAUCUUGCCAUGUCGAAUCUAUAUGCUUAUGGUCAAUUGGCUUGGAAUCCCGCUCGAGACCCUGCAGACAUCAUUCAGGACUGGACUCGCUUGACGUUUGAACUUGAUCAGCACGUCGUCGAUACUAUUACGGAAAUGUCAAUGGAGUCCUGGCCAGCGUACGAAUCUUACAGCGGGAACCUAGGUAUACAAACGCUCACAGAUAUUUUGUACACGCACUUCGGACCUAAUCCUGCAUCUCAGGAUAACAAUGGCUGGGGUCAGUGGACUCGAGCAGAUCAUACAAGCAUUGGCAUGGACAGAACAGUGUCGAAUGGAACCGGUUAUUCGGGACAAUAUCCGCCUGAGAUAUCCUCCAUGUACGAGAACAUUGAAACGACACCAGAUGAUUUAUUGUUGUGGUUUCAUCACGUCCCUUAUACACAAAAACUCCAGUCUGGUAAAACGGUUAUUCAGCAUUUCUACGACGCACACUAUACGGGAGCAGCUACGGCGCAAACAUUUCCUACGAAAUGGGAGUCAUUGAAGAACCGAAUUGACAAGGAGAGAUAUAACCAUGUUCUGUACAGACUCGCAUAUCAAGCUGGUCACUCAAUCGUAUGGCGUGACGCCAUUAGCGAAUUCUACCACAAUCUCUCAGCUAUACCAGACGAAGCUGGCCGAGUUGGUACAAAGAACCAUCCCUGGCGAAUCGAAGCUGAGAAUAUGGACCUGACUGGAUACAUACCGUAUACAGUAAAUCCAUUCGAGACUGCCUCCAAUGCCACCGCAAUCGUUACCGCAUCGAACACCACUGCUGGCACCGCAAGCACGCGCAUCAAUUUCCAGACGGGCAAGUAUGACAUUGCCGUGAAUUACUACGAUGUCACUGGAGGUGUGUCUCAUUGGAAACUGUUUAUAAAUGAUAAACAGAUUGGUGAAUGGGAUGGGGAUCAUGAGUUUACAUUAGGGCACGCUCCGAGUGUGCAUUUGGAUGGUCAUUCUGCUUCAAGAGUUACAUUUAGAGGUAUCUCUGUCAAGAAGGGUGAUCUCUUGAAGAUUUGGGGUCAGCCUGACGGUAUUGAGCAAGCCGCUUUGGAUUAUGUUGUCUUCUUACCCAAAGGAGUAGUUGAUUGA